CUUCGACGCCCGUACGACAUAAAUACCUCCGCCAUUCGCAGACCCAAUCCAAAAACCAAUCUCAUCCCAACACUGUACAAUAACAAUGUCUCGCCAUCACCCCGAUCUCGUCAUGUGCCGUAAAGCGCCCGGCAUCUCUCUCGGUCGUCUCUGCGACAAAUGCGACGGCAAAUGUCCCGUCUGCGACUCCUACGUCCGACCCACGACCCUGGUCCGAAUCUGCGACGAAUGUUCCUUUGGCAACUACCAGAACAAAUGCGUCGUGUGCGGCGGCGAAGGAAUCAGUGACGCGUUCUACUGCUUCGAGUGUACGAGGCUGGAGAAAGAUCGAGAGGGGUGUCCGAAGAUUAUCAAUCUGGGUUCAUCGAGGACGGAUCUGUUUUACCAGAAGAAGAAUUUCAGGACUCAACAGCACUGAUGAAACGUCUUUGCAUCAUCAGGACCAUCUUCUUCAUCUUCACCUUCAUACCAAUAUCAAAAAAGUUCGCGGGGAGUGGAUAACAUUGAACGACCUGAUCACAUUUUACGGCUCGGUCUUGGGAAUACCGUCGCCACCAGCAAAGAAGCGGAGGUAGAUGCAUUCACCCUGUCGGAUCCACGAGUCGACGAGCCAAGAAACCUCUGCGACGAUUUACGAUGGAGUUAUGUCCUUUGUAGCCGUGUUUGGGGAUGUCCGAGAAGGCCGAGCACAUUCAAUUUCGACGGACACGAUAUCAGAGCUGGUCGAGCUACAUUUCAACCGUUCGAUUCUGCGGCACACAGCCGUAGAGGGGGAAAUUUAGUUCAAGCAACAAUCACUCUCCGACGACCGAUCCCAACGACUACUAUCUGUUUCAAAGCAUUGGUCACAUAUGCCCCCAGAUACAUCCGGGUCCCAGCACGCUUCCUCAUACAUUCCGCCGCUUGUCGCAGUUUGUUCGACGGUACAAGUCUCGAUGCUAUACCUAUCGAACACUAUGGCGCAUCGAACAAUGCGACACUUGGGGAUUCAAGCCCGGGAAAAGGGGAUUGGUAGCGCAUGGUAGACCCCGGAGAAUCUCCUUUCAAUUCUGCAUUGGAAGAGGCUAUGCUGUUUAGAUAGUCAACCAGAUGACAACGGGGAUGGACUAUCAGAAAUCAAUCAAAAGCGAGAACCACAUCAACCUUCAUAUUAUACUCUUG